CAGAUAGUAGCGAGAUGGAAGAAAAUAGCAACAAUAACAACAACAACAACAAUAAUAAUAAUAAUAAUAGUGGCAGUAGUAGCAACGCAAGCAACGGCAACCCUAUUUAUAGAGAUUUCAAAGCUCUCCACAUGUCUAAUACAAUACAGGAUACACCUUUGGAUUAUAAUACCUCGCAAUCUAGGAGUGGCUAUCAACAGCAACAACAACAACAACGUGGUUAUUCCCCAGCUAUGGAGAGACAACAGAAUUAUGAAAAGGAAAUGCAACAGAGGCCACCAUCCGUUAGGGACGAGGAUAGAAGAAUGUCUUGGGAUUAUCUUGAAAAACAGAAUGAUCAACAGAAGGAUUAUUCGAGAACGCGAAACGAUUAUCAGGACACGAUAAAGCAAGAGCCAAAGGACCAAUUGAGUCACGAGUGGGUGUCACUCGUUCCCGAGGUCGAGGUCGGUGGUUCAGCGCCUGGUGGGCCGCAAGUUCGAGCACGCAAAGAUAUACCACGGGGUACCAGAUUUGGUCCUUUUUCCUGCAAGUGGGUGAGCGAGCCUUUCAAUCCCCGUUACGCUUGGGAGGUUCGAAUAGUCGGCAGCGGUGUACGAGGAUGGUUGGACGCUUCUCACGAAAGGAGCAAUUGGUUAAAAUACAUACGCAGUACAGCAACGCCUCAUCUAAUCAAUUUGCGGCAUAUACUUAUUGGAGGAGAGAUAUUAUACGAGACCAUUCGAGACAUCGCAAUUGGUGAAGAGCUCCUACUAGGUCUACGAGAACCUCUCCAAUUACAAGACAUCCUUGGUGAGAAUGCUACCGAAGAUAGAAGCGACAGAGAAACCGCAUCUCAACAUAGCGGUACAGUCGAUGAAGACAGAGAGGACGAAGAGGAGAGCGAGACGAGAUGUACUGUCUGUGACAAACCCUUUCAAGACAUAGAUUUAUUGGACGGACACCUGGUGACUUGUCAUAGAUAUCCAGCUGAUCAACACCGGUGCGACGAUUGUCCACGUGGUUACGCUUGGCGAGCACUUUUAGUUCGUCAUCGAGCCAUUGUUCACGGCGAUCGAAGGAAUUAUCCUUGCGAAAAUUGCCCGAGGUCGAACACCCGACAGGUUUUUACGGACCCGUCUAAUCUCCAACGUCACAUACGUUCGAAUCACGUUGGGGCGAGGAGUCACGCAUGCACCGAAUGCGGGAAAACGUUCGCCACGAGUUCCGGAUUGAAGCAACACACUCACAUUCACAGCAGCGUUAAGCCAUUUCAGUGCGAGGUCUGUUUCAAGGCGUACACUCAGUUCUCCAAUCUUUGCCGACACAAACGCAUGCACGCGGAUUGUCGCAUGCAAAUAAAGUGCGUCAAAUGUGGACAAUCCUUCAGCACGGUUACGUCACUGUCGAAGCAUAAACGUUUCUGCGAUUCAACGACACCGACUGGCCCACCAGGAACAAUGCCGCAAUUACCAACUUCGGCGCCUAGUCCUUUCCUCGUUUAUCCGAGACCACCGGUCAGUCUACCAGGUGGUUUACCAUUUUAUCCGCCUAGCCUGAUGACACCGUAUCCCGGGAUAUUUCCAAAUGCACCGAACUUUCUAAACUCCCCGUUACUUUUCCCACCUAAACUCGACGACGGUGAUAAAAGAAGCGAGAGCCCGAAGAAGGAACGUUUCACCCCGCCAAGAAUUCAUCCACAACACAGUAAGAUAUCGCCGUCGGCCGGCGAGGAGGCAACCUCGUUGUUCAGGCCGUCACCGGCCAGGCCACUCGUUCACCCAACGUCAGAGUCCGAAGACGAUCAGAGCAAGCGUCGUGAGAACCUUGGAAAGUCGGUAGAAAAAAAAAUGGAAAUCGAAACGGCGACGAAUUCUACGACCGAAGAAUCGACAGAUCAGCCUUUAGAUCUGAGGGUGCAAACGAAGAAGCAGGACGUAUCGAUAGACGAGAGAAAGAGUCGUAGUCCUUCGCCAGCGCCAAUAACCGUCGAGGAACCUCCGCCACCACCUGUGGAUCCACCGAGAACGACCGAAGAGGAAAAUGUCGUACCGAUCCCAUCGAUGGCUGUCAUCGAUACGAAGGACGUAACGAGUAGUCCGCGUCUCAGAACGAAUCUUUCAACAACGGAUCAAACGCCAACGAAUACCCCUCCGCACAUGGCGUAUCCCAGACCGAUACAUCCGAUGUUUCUGGAAGCCAUGUAUCGUACACCUGGAAGUACUUUUCCUGCAUUCCCAGGUGCUCCUCCUACGGCAGGAGGUGCUUCGGCCGAAUCGAGAUUAUUACCACCUCUUCCACCGUUCGGGCCACCCCGUGGACUUCCUUUUUUAGGGACACUAAUGAACGGGCUCAGCGGCGCCAGGCCAGGAGGGGGAUUCGACCUGCUUGCCAGGCCGCCGAUGGGUGCGUUCCCCGGCGUGAAACCGUUUCAAGAUGCCGUAAUGCCACCCCAUCACCAUCAUCAUCACCAUCACCAUCAUCACGCGCACGGUAAGAUAAAGGAUCGUUACUCGUGCAAGUUUUGCGGAAAGGUAUUCCCGAGAUCGGCGAAUCUUACUAGGCAUUUACGUACCCACACCGGCGAACAACCUUACAAGUGCAAAUACUGCGAAAGAUCGUUCAGUAUAUCCAGCAACCUACAACGACACGUUAGGAAUAUUCAUGACAAGCAACGACCGUUCAAGUGUCCCCUUUGCGAGAGAUGUUUCGGUCAACAAACCAAUUUGGAUAGACAUUUGAAAAAGCACGAGGCAGACGAUGGCAGCGGUGUUGUCUCCGUAGCUGAUUCUCCUGGCAGUAGCAACGAGAACGAACGAGAGGACACGUAUUUCGACGAGAUCAGAUCGUUCAUGGGUAAGGUAACUUAUGGUGGUGAACCUGGUUAUCAUUUGCCACCUCAUCCAGCAUAUUUGUCCGGUCGUUUGCACGAUAUACAUGAGUCCAAAAUGGAAACUGAAUACGACGAGGACGAGGACAGCGAGGAAGGCGUUUCACCUCUCGAAGAGGCUGACGGUCUUUCGCCCUUAGAGACCAAAGAUUCUCCAUCGCCGUCCCAAUACGAUCUUAAGCUGAGAGACAAACAGGAAUUGCUCAACAAUAAUACAGCCGAACCGGUUAUCGAGAUCUCCACAUAACCGAAAGAUCGUAUUGACUGAUAACUACUCGCUUAUACCUCCUUCUCUAACCCUGAUCAUUUAAUCUCCGACGAUGGAAUAAAUGGAACAACGAUACUACGAUCGUCUCUUCAAGAUCCAAUCAACGAUGAAGAUUUAUCAACGCGAUGAUGGAGUUCGUUCGUUCGUUCGUUCGUUCGUUCGUUCGUUCGUUCGUUUCAGCUGAACGAAACAACUAUAGUGUGAAAAGAGAAAAAAGAAGAAAGAAAAAAAACGAACGUCUUUCGUUCCUCCCUCUUUUCCAUUUUCUUUUUACUACCCCUCUUCGUGUGUGGUUCUUUUUUUUUUUUGUUGUUGUCUUAAUCCAUCAAAGACACAUGAGUGGACAAAAAUGUAAUACACUUUGUUAACGUGUAUAACAUUUAUUCUCGAGCGAGUUGCACGGCCGGUUGGACGAGUUUUAUGGGAAAAAAAAAAAUAAUAAAA